UUCAGCGGGCCCGGUCUGUUGUGCUCGAGUCAGACCCUGCUGGGCGGAGAGCGUUAAGCCUCGGCAAAUAAAGCAAGAUUGGAAACGAAACCGCGGAGAGCGUGAAAGAGACCAAGCAAAGCGGUAAAUCUCGAGAUUGGCAAACCUCGGGAGCAGAAAACCUCGAAAUUAGCGAACCUCGGAAGCGAAAAACCUCGAGAUCAGCGAGCCUUGGCAGCGGAAAACCUCGAGAUCUUAACGAUCUUCUCGUAGGCGUUUUUUCAUUUACCUUAGUAGGACUUCUAUUAUGCGAGAUACGUGACUUGAAAUAACGAGUGACAAUCUGGUACAUACGCUUUUAUUGCUUUACACUAAGAUCUGAAGAAAAUGUCGGAUAAAAAAAGAUUGUACAGAGAAAUGAUGUCCGUUGUGGAAGAGGGGAAUCUGAAUAGAUUAAAAGAAUUAAUUAAUACCCUUCAACCAUCCAAUUCCCCAAGUUGGGUUGAAGUGUACCGUUUGAUAAGAUGUGCUGUUGAGAAUAACCAUCCAGAGAGUGCUGACCUGCUUUUAACAGACAUUGUCAAAUAUGAUAAUCAGAAAGUAGUACCUAAUGAACAACUACUUCACUAUGCUGCUAGCAGAGAUGACAUAGAAAUGAUUAAACUGCUUAUAACCAAAGGCAUUUCUGUGGAUGUUACGAACGAAUUUGGUUGGACGCCCCUUCAAUGUGCAGUCAUGAAUAACCAUCUAGAAGGCGUUCAGUUACUUUUGUCCUACGGAGCUAACGUCGAUGCUAAAGAUAACGAUGGUCAUACUGCGAUUCAUCAUUCAAUUAUGGAAGGUAACCAAAACAUUGCCAAAUUACUUCUACAACACAAGACUAAUAUUUCACUGGGCAAAAAUGACAAGAACACGCUGCAGCUUGCUAUUGACGACCAAUAUUCCAUUGCUAUCGAUAAGACAUUGCAAACAGUAUAUUUUUGUUUCAAGAAUAAAAAGAAUGGUCUUAGAGACGCUGUAUGUGGACGCGGUAGGAAAUGUGAAUUCAUCGUUAAAUCUUUUUUGACAUAUGGUAUUGUACUUAGUCCAGAGGAUGUAAAUGAUAGCGAAUUAGUAUGCGCUUCUGUGGAGAAGGGACACAUCAAGAUUGUCAAGAAGUUAUUGGAACUUGGUGCCGAUGUUAAUCAGUUACACGAGAAUGCAAUUUUUAAUAAAAGUACUACAUUGUUACACAUGGCAGUAAUAACGAAACAGAGGGAGAUGGUAGAACUAUUAAUAAACUAUAAAGCUAAUGUAAAUGCUCUAGAUGAAAGAAAUUUUACUGCGAUGCAUGAGGCUGCUCUAAAUGACGAUUUAGAAAUAAUGGAACUACUUAUGGAUAACGGUGCCAGGAUAAAAGAUCAGUACAAAUUAUUGUGUAUUGCUGCUGAAACGGCUUCUAAGAAAUUUGUUGAGCUGCUUUUGCAGCACGAUAUCAAUGUUAAUGGAAAAAAUACAGAUGGUACCACGGCCAUACAUUCAUGUGUUCUCCGUCAUCCCAUUAAUUAUGAAAUCCUUAAGCUUUUGAUCGACAAAGGAGCUGAUAUUAAUGCAAGAAAUAAUUAUCGUAGAACGGCGCUUCACGAAGCCGUCCGAGCCAAAAACGUAAAAGUCGUCAAGCUUCUGUUGAACUGUAACGCGGAUGUUAACAGCGAAGAUGUAGACGGUACGACACCGCUUUUUGACUCUACG